UCUACAUUCAGUCGACCAGCAGAUCUCAGUACGGCCACUUCUCCUCUGUGCUUUCUUCCCCUCGUGCUCCUUUACCGAUAGUACAGUGAUCCAUUCUAGAAAUACUUAGUGCAAUAAAACUGGUACAACAUAUUUUGUUACUGGCUGCAUUACAAUUGAAAUAACAAAAAUCUACACUGAAAAUCUAUUUGUGUGAGGAAUAGAUAAACAUAUCCCAAAUUAACUUGUUACCUCCUAAGACGACGAUUCCUAUUGCUUAGGACGAAUAUAGUAGUUGCCGAAUAUAGAGCUUCAUUUUAUCCAGACUAUUGAUAAUGUAUUAGAAGUUCAAUAGAUUAUCUGGAGAUUAAAAUGGACUCAAAAGCACAUUUUGUUUUCGCUGCCUGCUGUUUGCUGAUUUCAGCGCAUCUCGUUCAGAGCUCACAGGGCCCUGUAUUUAUUAAUCCAGAAAAUGCAAACGCCGGCGUGGCACCAAGCCAGACGACAUCAGGCAACCAGGGAAAUUACAUCACUCAAACUGUCUAUGGCUUCCUGGAUUUUACCACGACAAUUGGUAACACUGUCAUGGUUUUCUCGCCGCAGAGCGCUGCUGCCGCCCCGUCAGAAGUGAAAUCGUCUUCGAAUGAAAUAUCAUCCAAUAACAUCAUAGAAACCAAACCAAUUACCUCAAAAAAUGAAGUCAAAAUCAAGCCCACCAAGACUCAAUCAUCUGGAGACAAAAAAUCUUCGCAGAAGGUUGUCUCAGUAGUGCAAGUCAAAUCUGAUCCACCAAAACCGGCAUUAACGGCAAAACCAGCACCGACAGUAAAACCAUCUUCUGCCAAAAAAGAAGUUAAACCUUCAGCUGUAACGAAGGCUACCGAGAAACCAAAAUCCACUAUUAAGCAAGCUCCUGUUGUUUUUAGCAGUAAAGUCGAGGAAAAUACUGAGAUAGACGAAGAGAUGUCAAUUAUCUUUUACAAUUUUACAAUAUUUAUGUAUGGAAUGAGCAAAGACCUCAAACAGGUAGAAAAACAAUUAUUAGGGUUUCUUAAGCUAGAAGCCACCAGGCAAAAGCCAUCUCUCCAUCUGCUGAGUCAUUUGGAUCAUAAUCAGGCGUCUUCGCAAAACUUCAUUAUAUUACAGGUCGUUGACGGUGCUGCGUCCACCAAACUAUCUGCAACUCAGAGCGUUAUAACAAAAGUUGAAAUUGUUGGCGGAUCGACGAAGUUAGCAGAGCCGAUAAUUGCUAGCAAAGUGGAAUCACGUAAAGAGCCGGAAUCCAGUGUCGUAUCCAGUAUUGUUCAAGUUAAAUCGGAUAACGAAGCUGCACUAGUAAUUGGAAACAACAUUGGAGAACCAGAAUACGACUUUCUCUCUAGACAACCAUCAGAAGUCGUCGAAGAAACUUUUAAAGUCGUGAACUUGAAACCCAGCUCAAAAUUCCUGUUAAAACAUCGACCAGCUACCGAAGUAAAGAAAAACGUUGCAGCUAAAAGAAGUGAACAUCCCACAGGACUAGUGACUAAAUUGGGAGGUACAGUGGUCAAGGAUGGGGUAACGACGGUGAUUGAAACGAGUGUCAUUGGCACGUAUAUUUCAGGAAAAUACGCGCAAGUAUUACAAAGCACCUCCAGAAAAAUAAACCCCACACAAAGUCUUCGAAUAUUAAAAACAGCCGCACCUUCAUUAUCAAAAGGAAAUAAGCAACGGCAGAUAGACCCCACCCCAGCCGCUGCCGUUAAUGAAGAGACUUCUUCUCUACCGGCCGAGAACGCCAUAAAAUCUACGAGGAAGUCCUUAGGCGCUUCCGGGGCCUACAAAAGAUUCAAAAACAGGCACAAAGAACCAGACGUCGCCGUCUCCGAAGAGGACAAUGAUCGUUCCGACGCUGCAACAGCCCAACCCAAUUACAAGAAAUCUCAGAAAAAUAGGAGUCAAUCACAGAGCUCAAGAAACUCUAAACCCAUCACAACUACACACAGUCAGCAAAAACCUAGAAGAAAUAGAAACAGAAAAGCCUCUACUACAUCCAAACCGUAUGUACACAGCGAGGAACCAUCCACUCCUUCGACGACCAAGAGGUUCUCGGCCACCAGAAAGACCAAGCAGAGCAAGACUGUGCAUAGCAGCGAGGUUUCCAGCAAUAACAACAACAACAACAACAACAAUGGUUAUUCUAGAAGAGCGUUUAAGCCCAAAGUUCAGCCAUCCAGCGUUGACGUUAGUGGAAGUGGUUCGUCGAGCCUGUACAAGUUCAAACUUAAUAGAUCUCCAGGCAGAUGGCAAUACAAAACCACUUCGAAGCCUCGGGUAACUAUUCGAAAACAAAACAGCGACGAACCGGGAAACAAUAACGAAACGCCGGGGAUAUCUUCUUCACCGAUGCCGCCGUCAUCAGGGCAGGAAGUUCCCCACACUCCAAUCAACGAUGUCGUUACUCCCCAAGCCCGAUCAGACGACGUAGAUAGUCUUGAAGAAUCCGAAUCAAUUGCUUCAAUAAUUGAUGACGAAAGCGCUACGGCGAAUAAACUUGACGUUCCUGCUCCAGCAGCUUUUCCAGUGGAAACUAUUAAAGUCGAAAUUUCCACCCCUUCUGAUUUCGGGGAUAUUUACUACGAGAUUGCGACCAUCAAGUCACCCUACACGUUCCAGAUUGGCAACGUCAAAAACACUCGGUAUGUAACCGUAACAUCGACUUUCGAAAAGAGCUUAGAGCGCACCGUCGACCCUACACCAAAACCGACCGAGCCCCUUACAGAGAACAUCCUGGCGACAUCGAGCAAUUACGCCAAAGAUAACAAUUUCUUGGAUUCCAGCAUUGCUACAUUGCCGCCUCUCUACCUCGCCUCGGAUAUGGAAACGCCACCUCUCGAAACGCUCACGGAAACCUUCAGCACGACACAGACCAUGUUAAAAACUCACAUUUUGCCUGUCGUACGCCACGGAAAUGACACCAGCAGCUCGACUUUAGUGCAGACCUAUCUGGUAACGAGGUUAGUAACUGCUACAAAAACUUUACCUCCUAUGGAAGCAUACCACUUUAUUCCCAGUAAAGUACUGAAUGAGUUUAACAGUCAUCUGGAUGAAGCUGGAUCUGAGCUGCAUUUAGAGCUUGAAUUCGGAGAUCAGAAUGAUCAAGAAGAAGGACUAAUUAGAAAAGUAUCCCUACCAGCUGACCUUGAUUUGGCAAAUAUUGGUUCUAAUUUCGAUCUGUCAGAUGUAGAAAAAUCCAAAUUAUUAGAGGCGCAUAUCAGGCCAAAGAAAGCUCAGGCUCCCAAACCAACCAUAAAUGAGUUAACUAGUAACCAACAGGUUCCACCUGUUAAUCCAGAUCAACUACAGCAGCUCGCCUUAUACAGAUUACUGAAUCCUCAAGCUGCAGGAGCUCAAGCUCAAAUAAUCACUACAUCGAAACCUGUAAUAAAAAUUGAAACUUUAUAUGAGACUUUUGUCCUGCCUGUUACACAAGGACAUAACACAAUUCAAAGUACGAUUUCCAAAUUAAAGGGAACAAUAACCAAAACUGAUUAUGAAAUCGGUACAAGUACUAUCGCACCUGCAUUCCCACAAUUACAACCUCAACUUCCACAGAUUCCACAGAUACCCCAAAUACCACAAAUCCCUCAAUUGCCACAGCUGAAUCCCUUCCUACCUCAACCUCAACAACAACUCAUAGUAACAUCCUCCCCAAUAGUACAAAGCACCAUGAUAACUCAAACCAACAGCAAGGUUCUCAAGCUAACGUUUGGUGCUAAAACUGCACACACCACUAUCUACUCCACUACAGUUAUACCAACUUUAACGACGUCCUUCGUUACAGCGUCGAUUCCAGUACCUACAGCUGCGUAUCCUGGGUACUUCCCAGCUCCAUUCCCAGGAUAUCCAUACGUCGGGUAAAAUUUAAGUCGACGUUUUAGGUUACUAGUCAAUUGAAAACGUGUUGUAUUAAACAAUAGACAUGAAAGACUUUUUUUGAAGAAGUGGAGGUGAUUGUGAAUUGUGAACUUUUUAAACCAAAAUUUAAGUUACCUCGAAAUUUAGUACCAUGUAUUAAGUAGUUUCUUCUUAAAAUAGGUUAGUAAUUAAUUUUGUCGUCUAUAAUUAUAAAGUGAAUGUAUCAAUGUCAAUUAACUGUAGACAUCCCGAAUUUACACUACUCCAAAUGGACCGCCUUGAAAAUAGGUCAUAUUUGAUGUCUCGAAUUUACUACAAUAUAAAUAAAUGCGACAAACAUAAAGGGGUAAUUCUGGAUGAAAAAAUAAUGACAGUUUGCUUUAUGUUUUGUGUUAGUUUUUAUGUUAGUUUUAUAUGUCCGCAACUGCUUCGUUUCCGAAAUACGGGAUGUUGAAAUUUUUCUUACUAGCCGACGAUUUAUUAAAUUUUCCAAGACCGGUUAAGAUAUGCAAAUUAAAUUUGGUAGGUUUUAAGAGGUAGUUACUGCGACAUACAAUUAAACAAUUUAUAUUCUCCAUUGGCGCGCAUACGGGUCAUAUUAGGGUGAAUAUAAAAUUAUCAAUUGUAUGCCAAAAAAUGCGCAAUAUCUUAAAACCUCUUAAAACCCACCAAAUAUCAUUUGCAUAUCUCAAACGGUCUUAGUGCAGUAAAUAAAUCGUCAGUUUGUAAGAAAAAUUUCAUGUCGUAUCUCGGAAACGAAGCAUUUGUGGACAUACGUUUACAAAGCAAACUGUCAUUUCUUUUUCAUGCAGAAUUACCCCUUAAAGUUUGUCGCACACCUUGUACUGAUAAAAAACAUGGCUAGUUGUUAAACUACCCAACUUUUUUAUUAUCCAACUUAAGAGGUUGAAUAAAAAAACCUAAUGUUUAGAAAAUCUGAGGCUAUAGUUGGGAUUUAAUUUAAGUGCUAGAAUAUUCCACAGGGUGUGAUGAACUUUGAGAAAAAAAAAAACGCAGUUUGAUUGGUAUGAACGGUAUACAAUGACAAUUUACUUGUUUAGCAACAAUAUUAUUACAGCGAUAUUGCUAAAAAAAGGCUAUAAUAUUUAUAUUAAAAAAAUCACUUAAAUCGGACAACAGGUUUAGAAAAUUCGAGACAACAAAAAUGACCCAUUUUUAAAGUGAUGCGUUAAUUUCUUGGAGUAGUAUAUUUCAAGGACAGUAAUGAAACUUACAUUUAUGCUUAAAACCUAUGUAUAAACAAAACAAUUAUUACUCAAUAAAAGAAACAUUUUAAGUUUGACUCGUAAAAUAAAUAAGAAUUUGAUACCAAAAAUUUGGUGUAAGUUAAAAUAGUUCGGUUUAAGGUGUUUAUUGGGUUUUUUAACACAUGCAUAGCAUACAAGCAGUUUGUAGCACUUGUCUAGAUGUGGAAAUUACUACAUCUCAAUUACAUCCAUUUUUCGGGCAUACUACUUUGUUUGCUCAAUCUUUAUUUACGUUUAUGUAAAUAAUUUUCUUGCUCCAUUUAUUUCAGUGGUUGUGUGCUGUUAUAUAUGUAUUUUAAUCUGAAAAGUAGGUAUAUUUUUCAUAUCAUUACUUUUUUUCUUAGUAUUCCUUUUUUAUCUUUAUUGAAUUCCUGCUCAUUUGGUAAUUGAAUGCCAGUUAUAUAUUAUGUUUACAUUCACAGUUUAUGUUUAUAAAAUAAAAAGUGAAACAGAACGUAUAUUGUUAUUGAAAAGUCUGUAUGUGUUCAAAAAUUUAGUAAUUGUAAUAUUUAAAUUAAAAAUAAUUUAAGUAGACUCCAUUAUUCAAUUUUAUUUAUCUAUAUAGGUGUGAUUUUAUAUUAUCAAAGUCAAUAUAAAUAAAACCUUUAAUUUAUUAAAACCAUACAAUCACUUACGAUGAAAUAUUGGCUUAAAACUGCACAAAACAUAUUUUAAACCAAAUUUAAAAUACACCUCCAUAGGCCAUAAAAAUUCUAUUAAUAUUCUGUAGAAAAAAGUGUGGUAAAAAUAAAUUACAACAAUAUAUUAUGGAAUGAAACAAAUCCAGUGCAAUGGCAUGUAAAGUAAAAUGUACUGGAAAAUUCCUAACUUUUUAAACAGUUCAGUUGUUUUUAAUGGACUUUUACACAAAUUGAGCAUUGAUACAUGAGCAUUGACUUUAGUCUUUAUAUCACAAAUUGUACAUAUCCAUUUAUCAUUUCCCUACGUUUAAUAGACUUGUUUCCAUUUAUAAAUUGGAUUUGUUAUAAAAUUUGUGUCUGUUAAAUUUAUUCCAAACAGAUUACGGAGACGUCCCAUAAAUAAUCGUAUCCAUUUUGUUAGAACAAUAAAUAUGCAUUAAAAUCAUUUAUUUUACACGCUAAUUUGUUUUAAAAUAAAUAAUAAAUAUUUUAAUCAUGCAACUAAAAGAAGACCUUUGCUUUACCAAGCGAAAAAAAAUUGCACUAUAAAGUGCAAAAUAAUUAACAAAAUUAAACUGUUUAAAUUUUAAUUAGACAGGGUGCCCAGAAACUCUACCGACAAACGAAGACAGGAGAUUCCUCAGAUAAUUUUAAGACAUUUUAACCCAAUUCAUCUAGUCCGAAAAUGCUUCCUAAAGGAGCUAGAGCUAUUUGAAAAUGGCGUCUGGUAUUUAGUUUUUCUUAAAAUAUCUCCAGAACGUUUCUAUUUAGAAAAACAAAAAUUGGUACACAUAUUUAUCUUCCAGAGAUAAAUGGACUCCAACCAUUGGAAAUUUCUAGUACCGGUCAUAGGUGUCCGUUUUGGGUAGGGCAACAGUUAUAUUAUGGCAUAACUUUUUUGUUUUUGAUUUUUAAGCAUUUUUGAGUCUGGAUUAUUAAAAAGAAACGUAUUAUAGUAUUAAAAGGUACUCUUACUUUAAGUCGGUAGAAUACAUCGUUUUCUAGAAAAACCGAUUUGAAGUUAUUCGUUUUUUGAAUAUAAAAAAAAAUAAAAAAAAAAACUAUUUAGAAGAAACGAAAACUGGUACGUUUUUUAUAUUCCAGAGAUAAAUCGAUUUCAUUAAUUGCAAAUUUCUAGUAAUGGUCAUAUGCGUCCGUUUUGGGUAGGUCAACGAUUAUUUUAUAGCAUAAAUUUUGUCUUUAAUUUUUAAGAAUUUUUGACAUUAAAUUAUUAAAUUAUGAAAUAUUCUAUUACUAAAAGUUACUCUUGUUUUAAGUUGGUAAAAUAGACCGUUUUUUUAUUUUUUUCAUUUUUUUUUCAAAUUCAAGAAGCGAAAAAGUUUUAAAUCGAUUUUUCUAGAAAACGGUGUAUCCUACUGACUUAAAGCAAGAGUACCUUUUAGUACUAGAAUACCUAACAAUUUAAUAAUCCAGUAUCAACAAUGCUUAAAAGUUAAAUACAAAAAAGUUAUGUAAGUAUAAAAUAACCGUUGCCUCACUCAAAACGGACGCCUAUGACUGGUACUAGCAAUUCACAAUUGAUGGAAUCGAUUUAUCUCUGGAAGAUAAAUAUGUGUACCAACUUUCGCUUUUCUAACUAGAGCCGUUCUGGAAGUAUUUAAGAAAAACUAAUUACAAGACACCAUCUUCAAAGUGCUCUAGCUCCCUUAGGAAGCAUUUUGGGACUAGGCAAAUUUGGUUAAAUUGUCUUAAAAUUUUCUGAGGAAUCGCCUGUCUUUGUUUUUCGGUAGAUUUUCUGGACACCCUGUAUAUAUACACCGUUUCUAGGCGUCAACGCCCUUCCGGUAGGGAUCUAUGGAGGAUUGUAACCGAGCCACAAGCCCUUAUCCCUUGCCGUACCGCCCGCAUAUUUACAGAUGCUCCUAUACUACGGCACCAGAGUGCUGAAAUCGCUUAGCCUUUGAUAAUAAUAUACACUAUUACGCUACAAACCCUCAUUGAUUUAGGCACCUAUUAAAUUCUGAGACAUCUAUUAACUUAUGGUGCCUAAAUUUUGAUUGCAAUUAAUAUUAUUGUAAAUAUUGUUUAUUUCAAUUUAUUGCUUGAAAAACAGGAAUAGAAAUGUCGAAACUGCAAUAAACCGAGCAUAUUUAAGACUGUGUUUUUGACCCUAACCCAAGAAACAAAUAAAAGGAAAAUUAUAAAAAACGUCAAUGAAUAAAAAACAAAUAAAUAUUUUUUAUUUUUAUUUAUUUAUAAGUACACAUAUAGUUACUCAUAAACAUAUACGAUUUACAUUUUUUAUAAUUUUUUUUUAAAUUUUUUCUUGGGUUAUAGUCAAAAACACAUUCUUAACCCGGCAUUGGUCGCUAGGUAAAUUUUUGCGCGACUAGUCGCGCGUGAGAUUUCCUCUCACAUAUCCAACUUUUGCCUUUCCUUACAAAAUUUUAUAAAAAAGAUGAGGUUUCAUCAAUGAUAAAUCCAUUUGCUUUAAAAAGACAAGACGUUUUUCUGUUUUAUUAUUAUUAUCUUUAUAUAAAAUGUGACUAUUGAUGCCGCCAAUAUUUAACAUUGAAAAAUAUAUGGUAAGUGACCAUCUACAACUAACCCGUGAAAGAGAAUAUAGGAUUUCCAUGUCAUCGACCACAUCCACGGCGCCUUUAAUUACAUCAUAAAAGGAUAUGAUUUCAGGUUUUAAGGGGAAAAAUAAAAUUAAUUUUUAUACACAGUUGGUGACGCCGGUGGUCGCUUGAUUAGAGAAUCUCUCACAUGAAGCGCACUGACUCAACAAUAUGGUGAUACUAAGUAAACUGAGUCACUAUCUGAGCGGGCGAGUCUAUUAGAUUGUCGAGGGAGGAUAGUUAGGAGACUAGAAGGAACUACAGCGCGUAUAUUUUCCCAGAAAAAAAGUUGUGCGCAAUUUUCUGAAACCGUGAGAGAAAAUCUCAUAUAGCGACCACUGGCGGGUUAAGUAUGCUCGGUUUAUUGCAGUUUCAACAUUUCUAUUCCUAUUUUUCAAGCCGUAAAUUGAAAUAUACAAUAUUUACUUACAAUAAUAUUAAUUGCAAUAAAACUUAGGCACCAUAAUUUAAUAGAUGUCUUAUAAUUGAAUAGGUGCCUAAAUCAAUGAGGGUUUGUAGCGUAAUAGUGUAUAUUAUUAGCAAAGGCUAAGCGAUUUCAGCACUCUGGUGCGGUAGUAUAGGAGCAUCUGUAAAUAUGCGUACCGCCCCUCCAUAGGCCGAUCAGACACCAGUUUAUUCCAUGCCAAGUCCUAGAUUCUAUUUAGAAUUUUAGACUACGACGUCAGCCAAUUUAUGAUUCUAUUCACCGGCCUGGGAGUCGACUGGCUAAUCUGACCGACUAAAUUUUAAAUAAUAUAAUGAAAUAUAUAUUUUUUGCAACUAAAUAAACAUAUUUUACUACUUUUUUAUUAAUAUGUUUUUAACUUGUUAUUUUAUUUUAUAUUUUGUCAUUCAGUUAUCCUUUUCUCCAAAGCUUUUAGUGCUUCUUAGUCUACAUUUUUUCAGUAUCUGCAUUAAGUGUCUAUAUUUUUAUCUGCUUAAAACACUAAAUAACGGUUGGAUUCCGCCAGAAAAACAAAAUACCUGUGUGAAGAUACACUGACCAAACAUAUUAUAGCAGACUUGGAAAAUGAAAUAGAAGAUAAUAAACGAGCGAAUUUUGACAUAAAAGAGGAUCACUGAAGAGAAAACGAAAAAGGAAUGCUUGACAUGAUUGCAGUAGUGACGCAUUAAUCAAGCAAAAAUACCUGAGAGGUCCUAAGUAAAACACAAAAAAAUAUAGUCGGAACCCAAAAGACUCUAUUUCCAUAUAAAUAAUAUUUAAAAAUAAAAAUCUAAAAGUUCUCUAAGCUCGGAAACAAAUGCUCACUUAUACCUAUAACCUAUCCUUCUAUAAUUUCCAAAGAAAAAUGGCGAUAAAUGCAUAGACUUGGGGAAUACAUAAUAUGCCACAUCUAUACUCAAUAUGUGAGUAAAAACAAAGGUAAGUAAAGUCAGUUAAAAUUUAAUUACGAUUCACCUUUUUCCUUGCAAGUUAUAGAACAAUAGGCUAUAGGUAUAAGUGAGAAUUUGUUUCCGACUUAUGAAAUCUUUUAGAUUUUUAUUUUUAAAUAUUUGGAAGUGGAGCCUCUUGGGUUUCGCCUAUCUUUAAUUAGAUGUCGCUACUGCGUCUAUUUGUUAAUUAUUUUAUUAUAAUUGACACACACCGCAGAGAGAUUUGAUUCCGAUUCACAGCACACUACAGGCUGUUCUGAAGAAACCAAGAGGUUGAAAUAUAAAAUAUAAAAAAUAUAAACAUAAACGAAUUGUUCUUCUUCUUAAAGUAUCCUCUCCUAUCGGAGGUUGGAUAUCAUAAUGGCUAUGGUCACUUUGUUGGCUGCUGCUCUGAAUAGUUGUAAUGAACUAUAGUUAAACCAUUCUCUAAGGUUCCUCAGCCAGGAGAUGCGUCCACUUCAUAGGCUUCUUCUUCCUUGGAUCCUUCCUUGCAUAAUUAUUCUCAGCAACUCAUAUUUUUUUCCUCUGAUAAUGUGACCCAAAUAUUCCAGUUUUCUAGUUUUUAUACUCUUCAUAGUUUUUAACUCCUUAUUUAAACGUCGUAGCACUCGUAGCAACCCACUGAAUUUUAAAUAUUCUUCUAUAACACCACAUUUCGAACGAUUCUAUUCUCCUUAUGUGUCGUCUCUUCAAUGUCCAAGCUUCUAUUCCGUAUAGCAAUAUAGAAAAUAUGUAGCAUCUUAGAGCCCUCAAUCUGAGAGGCAACUGAAAGUCUUUGUUUGUAAGCAGUGUUUUCAUUUUUAUAAAUGCUUGCCUUGCAGUUUCAAUUCGGACUUUAAUUUCUUGGCUUUGAUCAUUUUUGUCAUCAACCCAGGUUUCUAGAUGUUUCUAGUAUGUCUUCACUUUUUCUAUUUGGGUUUGUUCCAUCACUAACCUUUCAUUUCUAUGUUCUGUUUUUGAGACAAUCAUACAUUUAGUUUCUUUCUUGUUCAUUUUUAGUCCGUAUCGAAUGCAAUAACCGUUAAUUAUAUUUGGCAAUUCUUGUGGCGUUUCCAGGGUGUCUGCCAUUAGAACGGUGUCAUCAGCGAUUCUUAUGUUAUUUACUAUUCUUCCGUUUAUAGAGAUUCGAUCACUUAGCCCGCUAUCGCUUCCUGAAAUAGGGCUUCACUGUACAGGUUAAGCAGUAGCGGCGACAGAACACAACCCUGUCUUACUCCUCUCUUUAUAUCAAUAUUCUCGGAUUCUUGUUCUUCUGUCUUUAUAUUGGCCUUUUGAUUCCAAUACAGAUUGAUGAUAUUUCGUAAAUCCCGUCUGUCUAUAUCUCUGUUUUUCAAUAAUUCUAUUAGUUUUUCAUGUCGGACCCUGUCAAACGCCUUUUCGAAGUCGAUGAAACAGAAAUAAAUAUCCAGGUUCAUAUCUAAGCAUCUUUGAGAGAGGACAUUAAACGGAAACAAUGCCUCUGUUGUUCCAAGUCCUUUGCGGAACCCAAAUUGGGUAUCAUCCAUAUCAAACGGAUGGUAGUGGUCUCUAAAUCGUAAUUAAAUCUUAGCUGCCGUUACCUAAAAUAAGACAGCUGAUGGGCUGACCGAAAAACAUGCGUGAGAGGACCAAUAUUUUAAAUCAACCCCUGCCGAAAAACAAAACAGGGACCAGAAGAAAUGCAAGGAAUAAUUCGACAUGACAUUUGUUGUAAUAGAGGUCGAGCCGAACAAACUAGGUGGAAAUAGAAUUAUCCAGGCUUUGGUUAAACUUUUCAUCGAAUGCAUCUACCAAAAAAAAAGGACUUUCCAAGCAAAAAAAAACAGGAGGCUAAUCUAGACUUCUGUCAAUCCAGAGAACAAGCUGGAUUGAUAUAAAGAUAUACAUAGUACCUACUGACGAUCGUUUAAUAGUGAUAAAGAACCUGAUAGAGAAGUCUGCAAAAUACAACAAACCAAGCAGUGAAGAUAUUCUGGCAACACAAUUUCUAAAUACAUUUUUGGUAUUGAAUGGCUAAAAUGAAAUAUUUAUAAGUUAUCUUUAAUCAAAUUUAGAAUCUUGUUAUCAGACGUUAUAUUUUUCAUUUUUUGAUUUUUUAUUCCUAUGAUUAUCUAUAUAAACUGAAGAUAUAUAGUUUGACCUCUUAAAGUGUCGACAGUCGAACACUAAAAAAAAUGCAGAUUCAUAAGUAAUGUCUCUAUAAAAUGGAAACAAAGAUAUUAACUUCUAAUACAUAAGCUAAUAGUUAUUAAGAUUGUAUAGUUAGUUAUUAAGUUUAAUACUUUUGUACUGAUAUUAGUAACUAAUUUAUUGAUUGUGCAAAUAUUUCGACCUAAGGUUAGUGUACAUUGCUAGUUUUAUAUUUUUUAACAGUGUUAAACUAUAUUGUAGUUCAAUAAAUAUAAUUAAGUAAUAUAA